AGGCUAUCGACCUGAUUGACGAGGCGGCUGCCCGCGUGAAGCUGGACCUGGACCAGCGACCCGCGCUGCUGGACCGCAUCGUGCGGCGCAUCAGCCAGCUGGAGGCGGAGAGGAAGCUGCUGAGGAGGUCGGCAGGUGUGGACCGGCGUGACGCGCUGCGGCUCACCGAGCUGGAGGCCGAGCUGUCGGGGCUGCGGGCGCAGCGGGACGACCUCACAGGCAGGGUGGACAAGCAGCAGAGCGAGGCUCGCGAGCUGCAGGCCCUCACCAGCGAGCUGGACUCCCUGCACGAGGAGCUGGAGGCGGAGGAGGGCGGCCGCAGCGCAGCAGCCCUGGCGGAGGGGGCGGACCGACCCAAGAGCGACGCGGAGCGCAUCCGGGCGGAGCGCGAGCGCAAGCAGCGAAGGGAGCAGCUGCUGGCGAAGCUGCAUGCGGCGCAGGAGGCCGCCCGCAAGCGCCGUGCCGCUGCCGAGGCCUCCUCCUCCCGCGGCGCCUCCUCCCUGCAUGGCCCGCCCCUCUGCGGCGGCGGGGGCGAGGUGGGCGAGGCGGACAUUGCGUCCGUCAUCUCCUCCUGGACCGGCAUCCCGCUCACCAAGCUGGUGGCCUCGGAGCGGGACUCCCUGCUGAAGCUGGGAGACGAACUGCACAGGCGCAUCAUCGGCCAGGAGGAGGCGGUGAGUGCGGUGGCGGAGGCCAUCCACCGCAGCCGCGCAGGCCUCAAGGACCCCAACGGCCCCAUCGCAUCCUUCCUCUUCCUGGGACCCACCGGUGUUGGCAAGACGGAGCUGGCCAAGGCGCUUGCCGCCCACCUGUUCAACGCGGGGGACGCCAUGGUGCGGCUGGACAUGAGCGAGUACAUGGAGAAGCACGCGGUGUCGAAACUCAUCGGAGCGCCGCCGGGCUAUGUGGGCUUCGACGAGGGCGGGCAGCUGACGGAGGCCGUACGGCGGCGGCCGUACACUGUGGUCCUGUUCGAUGAGGUGGAAAAGGCCCACGUGGACGUGUUCAACCUGCUGCUGCAGCUGCUGGACGACGGCCGCCUGUCGGACUCGCAGGGCCGCACCGUGUCCUUCAAGCACACCAUCAUCAUCAUGACCUCCAACCUGGGCUCGGGGGAGAUCUACCGGGCCACCGCAAACAACGCCAAGCAGCAGCAGAAGCAGGCGGCAGCGGCGGACGGCGGCAGCAGCAGCUUGGUCGCCUCUGACCCGCAGAUCAGGGAGCUGGUGAUGGAUCAGGUCCGGCGCCACUUCCCCCCCGAGUUCCUGAACCGAGUGGACGAGUUCAUCAUCUUCGAGCCGCUCACCGCGCCGCAGAUCCGCUCCGUGGUGGGGCUGCGGCUGCGCGGGCUGGUGGGGCGGCUGCGGGAGAAGAAGAUCCGGCUGGUGCUGGCGGACUCGGCCAUGGACUUCCUGGCAGCUAAGGGUUUCGACCCCAUCUUCGGCGCC